AGCGAGAGAGAAAAAAAAAAUUAUCAACAACAAGAAGAAGAGUUACCUGCUAAUACAACCCUGUGACAGCCCGCAGACAUGUCCAACACACCGCUAACUGUCCUGAAGGAUUGCACUGACUCGUAAAGGCUAUGAAUUCCUCUGAGUAUGGGGAAGUUUCAGAUGAAGCGAUGCAUGAGAAAGGACACAAGCAUGUUCAAGAUGUUAAGGAGGAGGCAGAGGACUUUGCUAUUUGUGAGCCACCUGAAGGAGGAGGAGGAUCUCCUGUGGCCACUGAGGCUGGUAAACGGACAUCUGCAGAGAUGGGUCCUGACACCAACCAGUCCACAAGCAGCAAGAGAGCCAGAGUCUCUGGCGAGAUGAGGCGGCACUUGAUCGAGGAUAGCAGCAAACAUGAGCCUUUAUGCCUCACCACAACCGGAGAGAAGAGGGACUGCAACCAGGAGAAAUCCAGAGCUUCCUACAGAAAGCCUCUCUUCAGCAUCUCCCACAGGAUCUCAGAGAAGAGGAACACACCGAGUCUAGAGCAGCAGGCCAGUCAAGGUGCCGGAAAUCAGCUCGGAUACGGCAGCGCUCUCUCAUCCAAGCUUCAAAGUUCAGAGGAAAAUGGCCCGUUGGAGGCUUUCCCCGUCACGGACACUUCAGGCCAAGCCUCGUCAACAGACUCUAACCUUUAUCCACUCAUUGAGAAAAUGUUUUUCAUCCUCAAUACCCUCAACUCGAGCAUGACACAGCUGCAUAGCAAAGUGGACUUGUUAACCCUUGAAGUCAUGCGGAUUAAGAAGCAGAUCAAACCAGCUGAGAUGGUAACAGAGUUCCAGCCUCCCCCUGAGUAUCUGCUAACAAGUGAGGAAUUGAAUCAGCUGAUGGAGCAGACGUCUAGCGCUGGGGAGCUUGGCUGUCGCCUACUGGUGCAUCUUUUCCCAGAGCUGUUCAAAGCCAGGGAGUGCUCUCACGACUGCAUGGCGAGCAAGAGAAUGCUGGAGUCUCUGCAUCUGCAGCUGAUUCGUAACUACGUAGAAGUCUGCUACCCCUCGGUAAAGAACAACAGUGUCUGGCAGGAAGAAUGCCUCCUUCAGAUUAAUGACUUCUUUAAUCGCUUCUGGGCCCAGAGGGACAUGGAGAGCACUCGGCUGCUCAGGAAGCAGACAAUCACAGGUGCUGGGAUAAAGGCUGAGCAUCCUCAAACCUAUCGUUUUAUUAACGAGCAGGGUCAGGAGGAGCAUCUCUCUCUAGAUAACCAGCAGAGCAGCAUGGCUGUGUCCGGCCUUGCUUUCAAUACUCCAGCCACAGAGGAGCUGGAUGAGUUCUCCUCCCCGGAGGACUUUGUUAUUUUUCUUAUGCACCGGCUUUUCCCUGAGGUUUUUGAAGAGGGAAAAAUGCCAGAAGGCUCCAACAGUUUCAAUAGUGUGGGGCAGCUGAUUCUAGACACUGACAAGAUGGAAAUAAUAAGGAAGUAUAUGGAAGCAAAUUUUCCUGAUGUGCCUGAGGACAGCUGGCUUCAGGUGUGCAUUCAGCAUAUGGAGGAUGCACUUGAGGGUCCUCACAGUAAUGGCAAUGGGAGUGAACCUGACAAUAUCACUGAUGAGGGCUAUGACCUGGCCAGCCUUCCCGAAGAUGUUUCCAUAAUUAAGGUUCCAGAGGUGGGAGAUUAUGAAAGGCCCGGUCGCAAGUCUAAAAAGUCACUACUUACUCCUGUCGAUUUUGACAAUAUGGAGAUUCCCCUACCAGACUUUACUGUUCCUCAGGAGUACAUCUUGUCCAAGGAGCAGCUUAAAAGCAACUAUGAAUGUAGCUUGUCCAUUGGGAACUUUGCUUCUCGGCUGCUGGUGCUUAUGUUCCCCGAGCUUUUCACCCACGAGAACGCGCGGAAGCAGUACAACUGCAGUGGUUCUCUUGGGAAAAAACAACUCGACCCCGUUCGUGUAAAUCUGAUCCGUCACUACGUGCAGUUAGUCUACCCGCGGGCAAAGAAUGACAGAGUGUGGAUGUUAGAAUUUGUUGGCAAACUUGAUGAGAGGUGCAGGAGACGCGACACAGAGCAGAGGAGAUCUUACCUGCAGCAGCGCAAAGUGUAUGGUCAAGACUCAGACCAGGACUUUCUUUGCCAGCUGAACCAACUCAAUCCAGAUAACAUGAGGGAGGAUCCAGAAAUUCCCUCUUUACCCCCAGAGAAAAGUAGUAAAGACUUUUGCAAAAUUCCCUUGGAUGAACUGACUGUAUCCAAACCUGACUUCCCUGUACCUUCUGUCUACCUGCUCUCAGACACUGAGGUGCGGGAAAUUGUCCAGCAGAGUCUCUCUGUUGGGAACUUUGCUGCCCGACUGUUGGUGCGCCUAUUCCCCGAGCUGUUCACCCAGGAGAACCUGCGGCUGCAGUACAACCAUUCGGGGGCCUGCAACAAGAAGCAGCUUGACCCAGUGCGCCUCAGACUGAUCCGUCACUAUGUGGAAACAGUGUAUCCUGUGGAUAAGAUGGAGGAGGUGUGGCACUAUGAAUGUGUGCCAAGCAUUGACGAACGCUGUCGGCGCCCUAAUCGCAAGAAGUGUGACAUUCUUAAGAAGGCCAAGAGGUCAAGCACUGUGUCCUAGUUACAGUACUUUGCAGCUUGGCAACACUUUUUGUCAUAAAAAUAGUUGCACAGCAUAUAAGCUGAAAAAGCAUUAUUGAACUUUCACAAACUGUCCUAUGUAGGAUGAAGCCAAGCUGUUUUGAGUUUCUUCAGUACUAUUCCUAGUCAAGACUUUACCGUUUGACUACAGCAGUAGAUGUUGUAGUUCAUGUAGUAUUAUUAUUGUCGGAUGAAGAGUUAAAACAGCUUCUAUUUAUAAGCCAAAACUGUCAUAGCUUAUCUAACAUUAACUUUACUUAUAACUUUAUUGAUACAUGUUGUAGCCUUAAAAACAAUAACAAUGAUAGUAGCUAAUAGCAUAGAUCACAUAUUUGCUAUAUGGAUAGAAAUGAAUCACAAUGAUGUGAUAUAUAUUUCCAUUGCAGUUACUGAUGUAGCAUUGUGCCACCACUGUUUUAACAACAAUGUGCUUAUGUUAAGCCUUCUUAUAGAAGUUUAUAUUAUAAAGACAAUUUAACAUGACAAUGGAUCAUGAUAACCUAUUUCUAAUAAAAUCACACAAUUAUAAAUAUGACAUAAGACUGGCCUGUUGAAUAGCCUGUAUCAUAAGUGUCCAUAAGACUGUUCAUAUAUUUUUUACCACACACUCAGACAAGUGAGGUGUCUGAUU